UUAAUUUGCCAUAAAUAAUGAGUGUAUUAUCUAUGUUUGGGGCUACGCAACUCUUUUACUAUUUGUGUAAUAAUAAAUUAAGUGUAUAAUCUAUGGUGUUAAUUUCCUCUUAAAUUGUACAAAAUAUGUGCCUACUAAAGUUAAAUUUAGGACUAUUGUUACAAAAGUGAAGAAAAAACAAGAAUGAGCGGUCGUAACCCCCUCUACAGCAAAGGGUCGUCUCGAUCCACGCGUGAUGAUUCUAGGAAGUAUGAGAGGUACGGGGAACAUCGAGGUAGAAAGCGUUCGCGUUCAAGAUCCAGGUCACCAAGGAAACACUCUCCAAAGAGGAAUUACUCUGCAGAGAGUUCUUCGAGCGCCGGGGACAGAGAUCGGAAAGAACAUGAAAAAAGAAAUAUUCGCAAUUCGCCAGAACAAUGGGAAGAUGAUGAGGUACCAGCACCACCUCCACCGCCUCGUAUUACCAAAAUAUCUAUUGGCUUCAAUAAACCUAAAGCUCCCAUUAAGAUGAACCUAAAUGCUGCUUCUAAACCCGCUCCGAAACCGAGUGUGGCGUCCGUGUUUAAUACUGAUGAUGAUGAUGACGAACCUGAAGAGAUGCCGGCUGAAGCCAGAAUGAGAAUGAGGAAUAUAGGGAGAGAAACUCCAACAUCUGCUGGACCAAAUUCAUUUGGCAAAACAAAGCAAGGCUUCUGCGACGCUAAGAAAGUAUUUGAGAAGAACCUCAAAGAAGCACUGGAGACAGUGGACAAGCCAGCAUUGACCAAUCUCCCACAAACUAUUUACAAAAUCAAGGGGCCUUGAUAUUUGUAUAAUUUUAGCCUACAUUUUAUAUGUUAAUUAGAAAUAUUUCAGUCAGAACUCUCAAUUUAAAACAUUAAAUCACACUGCAUAUUGACCUAAUAUAUAAUAAUUUGGAAUAAUAAAUAAUUUAGAUUUCUAAAAUCGAAACAAAUUAUGGAUACUUUCAGAAAUAAGUAGUUUUCAAAUAUUGAUAGUAAACUGUCCGAUUUUAGAGAAAAUGAUCCAUAUUGUACAUAUAUUGUGCAAAGACAUUGAGGUGAGGAUAUCACUAAGAAUAUUUUUCAUUACAAACAAUUCUUCCUUAAUCUUUAAGGGAUGAAAUGCUUGCUAAUGGUAUCUCACAACAAAGUUUCAAUUGCAUCCAUCAAGAAAUUCUAUAGUAUCAAUUUUUUUUCAUUCAGUGUUACCAGUUCAAUGCCAUUAAUUUUACUUCGCCAUGUUACUAUAUUAAUAAACAUAUUUCAAUUUAGUAGUAUAUUGACAACUAAUCCACUGUACACAUGGUGGCAUUUGGAUCUAACUGCAUAACCGACUAGGAAAUUAUUCAAACAUAUUACAAUAUUGUAAAUGUGAUAAGAACUAGGCGAUAGAUAAAAUUCCUUAUUGAGUGUUGUAACUGAAAUACUAUAUAGAAUUUAUAGAUUAUAUCUUUAUAAUUAAGAUUUCAAAAUAUUUUGCUUCUCGAUGUGUAGUUACGGUUUUAAAGAUGUUUUAAUAAAUAUAAAAUACAAGAAAAUUAGUGCAAAUAUACAAUCCUCAUCUGUUGCCACAAA